AUUUUUACUAUAGUGAAAGUGGAAAAAUUGUAAGUACUCAAACAGAAAGAUUGCAUCGACAAGAACAAUUUAGAAGAAUAGAUCAUUCUAUUGAUAAUAGUAACAAGGAAACUAGAGAACCAUUAUUAUCUACUA